AUGGCCGAUCUUGUAAUUGGUGCUACUGUUAAAGUUGUGCUUGAUAAGCUGCUUUCUCUCACAAUUGAGGAGGCCAAAACUUUAAGGAACUGCAAGAAAAAUCUAAGAACUCUGACAAAAUAUGUAUCCAUGAUCCAAGCUCUCAUUCAUGAUGCUGAAAGACGACAAGUUGAUGAUCAGGCUGUUGAACAAUGGCUCAAGAUGCUUGAGAGAGUUGCUGAAGAUGCUGAAAACGUGUUUGACGAAUUUAGAUAUGAAUAUCUCAAAGCACAAGUGAUGAACAACCGAACCAAACUAAUGGAAAAGGUCAGCAACUUCUUUUCUCAUACUGUUUUUAAGUACAAAAUGUCUGAAAAAAUCAACAACAUCAAUGAAGAGUUGAGGGCUAUCAAUCAGUUAGCCAAAGACCUUGGUCUCCAAUCACUGAUGGUUCCUUCUCGGAACAUACUACCAAUUCGAGAAACAGAUUCCGUAGUUGUUGCUUCGGAUGCUGUUGGUAGAGACAAAGAUAUUGCUGAAAUAAAGGAGAAGAUUUUGAACACGAGAAAGGAAGCUGUUCUUUGCACCAUUCCCAUAGUGGGUAUGGGUGGUUUAGGGAAAACAACUAUGGCUAAGAGAAUUUUCAAUGACGAACACAUCAAGCAGCAGUUCGAAAAGAGAGUUUGGUUGUGCCUACCUGAAAUGUCACAAACGAAGAGCUUUCUUGAACAAAUCCUUGAAUCAUUGACAGAGAGGAAAGUUGAGGUUCAAAGGAGAGAUUUAAUAGUUAAGAAGCUACAAGAUGAAUUGGAAGGAAAAAAGUAUUUGCUUGUCUUAGAUGAUAUGUGGCGUGUUGACUCUACAUCGUGGCAUGAGUUCAUGGACACCUUGAGAGGAAUAAAUACAUCCAGAGGAACCUGCAUUCUUUUGACUACUCAUUGUUUUAUUUGA